ACGUGUGGGCAAUUCGUUGAUCUCUUGUUUCUGCAGUGGCUUGUUGACUGUUCAUUUGGUCUAGGUCUCCACUUCAUGUUGUUUUCUAAACAAAAUUGCGAUUAGAUUAACCACUUCAUCGAAGAAUGAGCGACAACGAUGACAUCGAGGUCGAUAGUGACGAAGAAUCACCGAGAUUUCAUUCUGUGGCAGACAAACGGGCCCACCACAAUGCCCUGGAGCGCAAACGUAGGGACCACAUCAAAGACAGCUUCCACAGCCUCCGGGACUCCGUACCCGCCUUGCAAGGGGAAAAGGUUGGUAAAGCGUCACCGGCGUCUCGAGCUCAGAUCUUAGACAAAGCCACAGAGUACAUCCAGUACAUGCGGCGGAAGAAUCACACACACCAGCAGGACAUUGACGACCUGAAGCGACAGAACGCUCUGCUGGAACAGCAAGUUCGUGCACUGGAGAAGGUCAAGGGGACCAACCAGCUACAGGGCAACUAUUCAUCCUCAGAUAGCAGCCUGUACACCAACCCCAAAGGCAGCGCGGUGUCGGCCUUUGAUGGAGGCUCCGACUCGAGCUCGGAAUCUGAGCCAGAGGAGCCUCCCACCCGGAAGAAGCUCCGUCUGGAGGCCAGCUAAGAGCGGGCCCUCCUCCGGGGCCCCGCUAGGUUCCUCCGGAUCUGAGGGGAGAGGGGAAUCACUGCAGUGCCCUGUGCAGUGCUUUUAACCUCCUACCACCUCCUCCGCUACCCACGCUCCCUUUUCCUCAGUGCGCAUCAACCGGAGACUCCAGAACCUCCCGUUUCAUGUCUGCCGAGCCCCCCUCGGUGCAGGGCCAGGUCAUGAGAGGGCUGCCUGCUGGGGAAGGAGGACCCCAGCUGGAAAGGUGACACGUGGCUUGCGUCUUUCUCUCCAGUUCUCCAUCCUUUCCCGACUCUCUGGCUUGCGUCCUGGCACUCGCAUCCUGGCAGCAACGGGCGACGACCCCAACCCAAAAUGAGGCAGCUUUGCGAUGUAAGGACUCAACGCUUUUUUUUGUGCCCUCGACUGUAGCCCCCUCAUUUGGAACCCAAAGGGGCGAUUGGGGUGCACGGCUCCAAGCACUGCUAAAAAAUGUUUUGUUAUCUUCUUGAUGAAUAUGUUAAAGAACCUGUUUAGUACUUACUCACCCUAGAAUAAUUGUUCCAAAGAGUGGUUGACCUUUAUAAGUAUUUGUACUUUUCCACAAAAGAAUGCCAACCUACUGCAAAGUUGAUAUUAAUAAGCAACCCCUCUACAGACCAGUUAAAAGGCUAAUACUGUUUAAAAAAAACACCUCGAGGAAAUGUUCCCAGACUCGUAUCUUGAUAAACUGAAUAAGUAUAGGCGGCAGGAAAAAAAAACACGUUUUUAUAAAGGAAUGCAUUACCUUUGCAUUUAUAUCUGACCCUCCCACAACAUAUAUUGCAUUUUGUAUAUUUUAGGCAAUUUUUGGGAUUAUAUAAAUUUGGUAAAUGUUGUUUCCCAUAUUCUGGUGAAAGUCAAGGGUAAAGCUCUUAUCAGUGUGAGCAAAAAAAAAAUUGGGAAUUCAUAUUUAAGUACUGAUUGAAAUGUCACAAGUCCCAUUCUCACUAUUCCUCCAAAAUGUCCAUGUCUAGGACAUGUAGUAUAUAUUUUUAGUUUUUCCUCUUAGUAGAUAUAUACUAAAUAGGUCUUUGUGUGAUUCCAUUCCAUGGAAGUUACCGGUAUGUCGUACAUACUGCCAACAAAUGUCUUGCAAGUUGAGGCCUACCUUUACUAUGAGACUAUAAAUAAAACUAUUUUAUCCUUUA